AUGGAAAUUAAACUCAUUGCGGAGCCAGAAUCACCAAAUGUCGAUUUAGUGGCUGUCCAUGGUCUCUGCGAAUCAUCAUCUGAGACUUGGAUGAACCCGCAAAAGCAUAAAGCUUGGCUUCGAGACCCAGUUCUAUUCCCAUACCACACUCUCCGAACUCGAGUCUUAUCCUUCGAAUAUGAUCCGAGCCGCUUUACAAUUCCUGGAAGGGGAGGAACUAUAUCAAAUGGCAUCUUAGAUCUCGCAACGAAUCUCAUCGCCGAGCUUGACUCGUACAGACAAGCAAAUGAUGGUGCGGAACAUGCACAUCGUCCUAUCAUCUUUAUAUGUCACGGAUUUGGUGGUCUCUUGGUAAAGCGAGCUCUUGCUUUAUCAUGGAGCAAAACGAAGUCUGGAGUUUCACAUCUUCGAGCCAUCUAUAUAUCAACUCAUGGUAUCUUAUUCAUGGGAACUCCCCACAAUGGCCUAGAUGAAACUUUGAUACUGAACUCGGGGAUUGACAAAUAUCCUGGCCCUAGUCAAUUCAUGCUCAACCUUCUCACUGGCUCGGAUACUAUUAAAGAAAUCACAGAUUUGUUUGCUCCAUUGGCCAAGAGAUUUGCCAUUUACAACUUCUGGGAGGGACUAGAAGCCUUUUUUGAUGACCAAGCACAACAACCAGUUUAUAUUGUAGAUGCGCUAUCAGCUGCGCCAAUCUGGGAACAAGUUGAUAAAUGUGGAAUAAUGGCAAACCACUCAGGGAUGGUCAAGUUCAGUAAAAAGAGCGAUCCUGGGUAUAUUGUCGUCUACCAGGCUCUUGAAAAGUAUAUCAAGGCUGCUCCACGAGUGGUAAGUAGAAGAUGGGAGCAAGAAAUGGAGCGAGUUAUCGCGGAGCGCAAACAGGAGGCGGAUGAUCUUCUUCAAGAAAUACCUUCCUCGCCUUCACAAAUCCAAGCGAUUGAACCGUAUAUCAAUGUGCACUAUAUGGUACAUCGUUGUUCUAGUAGUUAUUUUGUAGGUAGAACAGGUCAAGCAGACAAGGUGAAGGAGAUGUUUGGUGACAUUACAACAAACCCUCGCUCCAAACAUAAAAUAUUAGUAAUUCAUGGACUUGGUGGCUCUGGCAAGACACAAUUUUCGCUGAAAUAUAUAGAGAACAAUCGUCACAGGUAUUGGGGAAUUUUUUGGAUUGACUGUAGCAACGAAUCAGCUGCGGAGAAGGGUUUUGCUUCCCUUGGGGAGAAUGCACAAAAAGCGUCUUCACUUGAAGCGGGCAUGCAUUGGUUGUCGAACCAAUCGACAUCAUGGCUUCUCGUCCUCGAUAAUGCAGAUGAUCCAGAAAUGGAUCUGUCUAGAUUUUUCCCUGCUGGCGGCAAUGGCCACAUAUUGGUGACGACACGCAACCCUGGUGUAAGGAUUCAUAACACGGUUGGGUAUCUUAAGUUUCAGGGAAUGGAUCCAGAGGAAGCAAUUACAUUACUUCUCAAGCUAGCUUACCCCGAAAAGGAACCCAAAUUCCCUCUGGCCCCGCAAAAUCGACAAAUGGCUGAGGGAAUCGCUUCUGAAUUAGGUUAUCUAGCACUCGCUCUUACUCAUGCUGGCGCUACAAUUCGUCAGAAUAUAUUCACACUGGAAAGGUAUUUGAAAUACUACCUUGGCCACCGCAGGAACAUGAUUCGCUCUCGUUCAGUCAACAGCUGCACAGAUGCUAACAUUAUAUCAACCUGGGAAAUUCCAUUUGAACGGAUUGCAAGCAAGAAUUCACUUGCCCACAAAGAUGCUGUGGAAUUGAUACAACUUUUUGCUUUCAUGCAUUUCGAUUCUAUCCCAGAGCAAUUACUGCAGAGAUCUUCGGAUAGUAUAAGGAAAUUGAAAAGUUCCCUCGCUAUUUACCCAGCUAUUCUUAAGGUCAAAUCGAUGUGGAAUGAAGAUUCCCAAAUUCGAUUUCGCUUAGCAAUGAAUGUUCUGUACGACCAUUCAAUCAUUGAUAAUGACCACGAAAAAAAAGUCUGCUCUUUACAUCCGGUUGUCCAUCGUUGGGCUAGGGAUCGACUUAACGAUACGCAGCAGAAAGACUGGCUGGGAUGUGCGAGUUCAAUCCUAGCCCAUUCAAUCUCGUCAAAUUUCGAGAUGUCGGAAAGGAAGUUCAGGAAGCAACUUUUGCCUCAUAUUAGUUCUUGUAUCAGUGCCUUAAAAGAUAUGUAUGGAUCUCUUCCAAACAACAUCGAGCAAGCCGCAGAAUUGGAGAAAUUUGCUCUAGUCUACGCAGAGAACGGGCAGUGGAAGCAUGCCAAGCCACUUCAGGAGAAGGUUGUAAGGUUCCGGGUCAAAGUGCUGGGUAAUCAACACCACUCGACCCUUCAAGGGCAGCGAAAUCUUGCAAGUAUGCACUGGGAUCUUUUCGAAGUACAACAAGCCUUGCGACUCCAGUCACAAAUACUCCGAGCUCAGUGGCGAUCACGCCCUUCGAUCUUUUCUUGGAUAAAAUGUCCUUUGAAUCCAAUACAUACUUCAUAUUGUGUUGCUCUUGACGAAUUCACUCGCACUUUGUGGCUCAGCGGGCAGCGAGAAAAAUCACGUCAGACUGGGCAGCGUGCAGUAUAUGGACUCACGAAAGUACUGGGACAUGAUGAUCCACAAAGUCUGAACGCCAUGUUCAAUCUAGCACGAACAUAUUUACAUCUUGGCGAAUUUGAGAAAAGUCAAGAGCUGCUUGCGCAGGUUGUUCAAAAGAGGGAACACUGGUUUGGAAAGGAACAUCCUGAUACGUUAAUGGCGCGGAACGAGAAAGCUAUGAUCUCAGUUAUAUUGAAGCAGGACUUGCUUACAGCGGAGAGUGAAAUUUCCGAUGUUCUUAAGGCGCGGAAGCAGACUUUGGGAGAAGAGCAUGCGUACACCUUGUGGUCAGUGAAUGAUCUAUCCAAAGUCUACUGUGCAACCGGUCGCUGGGGCGAGGCAGUCAAGAAUUUGCAAGAUAUUCUACCAGUUGUGGCACGUACUUUGGGAGAGACACAUGUCGGGAUGAUAAUGACGAAAUCCAAUUUAGCACGCGCAUAUAUUGGAUGCAACAGAUGGACCGAUGCAAGAAACAUCAUUCAGCCAUUACUGAGUGAAGUUCCAUCCCAACAUCCAGAUUGGUUUCAUAUCAAUCAAGAAUACAUCUCUAUUCUACUGCGCCUCGAUGAUAUGGACGGAGCCGAACGCAGUUGUAACGCGGUGCUUGAUAACCUAGUUCGAUACUCUACGUUUGGACUAGCGCAUCCAUAUACCUUAAGCAUUGCGAAACAACUCGAGAAGAUCUACAAAACGCAAUGGCGUUACGAAGAUAGCGAUAAACUGAUCCAGAGAUUUCCUUCGCUGAAAAGAUCUUCGCAUCCGAACAAGAAUCUUCCUUCCAACCCCGAUUUGCUCCCUGGUACGAAAACUAUCUCGACACCAACGAAUCGCAAAAUCUAUCACUCCAAGACCUUUUAA